UUAAUUCGAUUCUUGAUCCAACAAAGAAUUUUGAUAUUUUUGAAAAAAAAACAAAAUGUUAAUCAUCAUAUAAAAUGGAUCAAGUAAAAAGUAUGAAGAAAAAAGCCGAUCUAGAAUUAGCAUCCGGUGAUUAUCCACAAGCAUUACAAACAUAUACAAAUGCAUUGAAAAGAAUGAUAAAAAUUUAUGAAAUUGAUGAAAAUAAUGGAAUACGUAUCGAUACGAUUGAUGGUGAUUCUCUUAUGGAGGCUAAAAUCUUUUCAAAACGAUCAAUUGUAUUAUUACAAAUGAAACAGUAUUAUUAUGCAUAUGAAGAUGCUCGUCAUGUAACAGAUAUUUGUCCCGAAUGGUUUAAAGGUUAUCUACGACGAGCUAAUGUUGAAUCUGAUUGUGGUUUAUAUGAAGCAUCGCUUAAAAAUUAUCAAUUAGCUUUACGUUAUCUUAGUUCAGAACUUAAUGAAUCAAAACGUAAUCAUUAUGAUCGUCAGAUUAAUGAAAAAAUUAACUAUCAAUUAUUUUUGAUGCAACGUGAACGUAUUUAUGAUUAUCAGUUAAUCUGGCUUGGCACGGCAAUCGGUAUGGUUUUCGGAAUGUCUAUUGUAUUUGUUGAUUUUGUUAAAAAUCGUACCGAUUCUUUCAUAAAUAAUCCAAUGUUAAAAUUAUUAUUGAUUGUUUUCAACGAAAUUAUAGUCAUACAUGGAAGAAAAAAUUAUUAG